AUGCCGAAAUGUAUUAUUAAUAUUAAUAUACUGACGUAUUUUUUAUCAUAUUUAAUAACAUUCAUAUUUCCCCCUAUUGCAUCCGCAUUAAAUAUCGGUAACUACAAUUACCAUAAUAAUAUUUGUCCAAGUAUUUUUAAUGAUCAGAUCCAAUCUAACAAUAAUUCUAAUGACAAACCUUUAAUAGAUUCCUCCACUGUUAAAAUAUCUUUUUCUACUCCCAAUUUAUUUAAUGUUUUACCACCACUAUCGGCAUCUCCACCUAUUAAACCACAUAUACUUCAACUAAAACUAUUACAUCUACCACAAGGUCCACCACCAGGGAUAUCACAACCAGAGGCGCCACCCGAUGUACUAUCUCUAUCAAUUUUUUAUCCACCUACUACUUUAUUUCAAACACUCAAUCCAAAUCCUACUUUUGAUUCAACCUCUUUUAAAUCUCCACCUUUCCCUCUUCCUACCAAAUUUCAUUCACCAUCUCUCGAAAACCAUUGUAGACCUCAUAAAAGAAAUUCAACAAAGUAUAAACCGGAUUAUAAAUCUAAUCAUCAUAAGCAUGACCACAAUUUUAAUGGUCCAAAUCCUUAUGUACAUUAUCCAAACUGUAAUGACUACAUAACUAAAUUUAAACCGUUUUUAUCUGAUUUAUUGGUACAGAAUAUCCUGAAAGCACAUGAAGAUAUGUGUAAUGCUACAAUUUUAACUAGUGGAUUCAUAUCUUUCUCUAAUAAUUAUGCUGAUAUUACCACUUCAUCCAACAACACAGAUUAUAAUCAACAGUUUACUUAUCAAAAAAGACUCAUGUUAACUUCUCCAUCUUUAUUAAUUCAAUGUUCAAAUGAUACAUAUAGUGAUAGACCCUACCAUGCUACAAAUAAUAAUUUUACUAAAUUUUUACUAGAAGUUGCACAAAAUUAUACCACUGAGUAUCUGAUCGAUGAUUCUCCUUCAAUGGUUCGUAAAGAUGAUUUCAACAAAUCCGUGUUGGUCAUUAUCUUCAGUCAAACCGCAUUUUGUAUAGCUGCAUGGAUGAUGUAUUUAAUUCUUUUAUUAUUACCUGCAAGUAACUAUAAUAAUAGAAAUAUUUUAGUCCAUAUUUAUGUUCUGUUCUAUGCAAUUGCACAAUCUGUGUUUUUAGCAAAGGCUUAUAAUGGUGUGUUUAAAUGGCAAUAUGAACAAUGUAUCCAAGAUGCAUCUAAAUAUGAAAAAAAUAUAGUCGACCUGACUGGUUUUAAAGUUUGUGAAUUAUUUUUGAAUGUGCUAAGUAACAUUAAUUGGGCAUAUAUCGUUAUAUUCAUGCAUAAUGUAGAUUCCUUGAAAAAUGGAAUAGACAAACAUAGAUCUUUAUCAGAAUCUUCAUAUGGAAUCAAUUCUUUUUUGGAAAAGGAAAGUCUAGAAAUUUUACCGGAACUUAAAAACAUAAUUCGUAAUAAAUUCAAAAAGCAUAUGCAUGAUCCAAAGAAUAGAACACUAUUAUAUAUUAUUAUUACUAGCAUAAUAUUGGCAUCUAUUAAUAAUACUUUUUUUGCCAUUAUAUUAUGGAAGAAAACUAGGAUUGAUUUUAGGAUAAUCUACAAAUUAUCAGAAUUAUUAAUGUAUACAUUAUUGUUAUGGCGAAUUGGUUUAUUUAUUCUAAGAAAUUUCGGAAUGACUAUUACAUCUACAAGAGCCAUCGAUUCACUAAAUUUUGAUAAUAGUUCCAUGGUAAACAAUUCUAUAAAUCAUGAUACCACUAGGUCUACUAAUAAUGAUACAUUCUUAAAAAAAUACUUACUACUGGAAAAUUUAGAUAAUAAAUUAAAAUAUUUUCAAAAAUGGGUUUCUAAUAUAUGGAAAAAUUAUUUUAAUACUGUUCCUUUACUAAUUUAUAAUAUUGUUAUCUAUAUUCUUUCCUAUGUUAUGAUCAUAUAUUUUACUUCAAUAUCUGCAUAUAGAUAUAGAUGGAAAUAUAAUUUGGUAUAUUUCACUAAACUACUUAUAACAGUAAACUUUUGGGGGUUAAUCGGUGUACUUAACCGAAGAGAGUUAUAUUUAAAUAAAAAGACAAUACUUGGCAGAAGAAUCAAUAACGAUGACGAUUUUUUUGUUGAAGCAUCAUCAUCACCAUCAUCUUUCUCUAGUUCAGAUAGUUUACCAGAACAGUUAAGCAGUGGUUUUAAUUAUUAUGAAAAUAAUGAAAUCACUACAACCACCAACAUCGCUACUAUUAAUACGGGUAAAAACAGCACUAUUCAACAAACCAUCAACAAAAAUAGAAAAAAGAAAUCAAAGGGUAACUUCCGUAAUGCCAUACAUAAAUAUACCAUCUCAAAACCGAUAAAAUCAUUAAAACCAAAUUUCAAUAGAAUAAAGACGAGAAGAAUUCAUUUUGCAAAAGAAACAAGAAGGAAGAGAAAACUUAAUUAUAACAACAAUGUUACAAUUGCCCUAAAUGAAUGUCCUUCUACUAUAGAGACGAGUAAUACUUAUAUUGACAUAUCUAACACUAAAAAUAAACAUCAUUGCAUUAAUAUCACCAAAAUUGAGGAUAAUAAUAACAGUUAUGAUUCAGAGAAAGUAUAA